AUGCCUCGUCCAACACCCCCGCCAUAUGUGGUCGCAAAGACACUGACCCAAUACUUCUUUGGCGAAACCACGCUCCCAUCGUUUCUUCAGCGAUACGGCGAUAUUUUACUGGCAAUCACAGGAGGCGCAGCUGCAGCAACGAGCAUAUUUUGGUAUUUCCAGCGUAACAAAUAUAACCGCAAAAGAAUCCGGCUAGCCGUCUUCCACGUUGUCCGCACACUGCAGAAGAUGCCGAAUCUAGAAGAACUUAUAAAGACACCAGAGGAGUUUUACGAGGAGAUUGACUAUGAGGUCAGUCGAAUGAUUGGUAUCCAUCUGACGCAAUCGGAGGGCGUGACUACUGCGAAGAGGGCCCAGCGUCAACUUGAGGCUGAAUACAAUGCGAAUGUGAGAGAUUUAGAGGAUGAGAGGAGAGUAAGAAGGAGAUUGGAUGAUGCUGCGGAUGGAGAGGAUGCGGAUUCCUCACGAGGUCGUGUCGUUGAAGAGGAGCAUAUUUCCGAACCCGACAUUGCGGGCGACGUACCGCAAACCACCGUACAGUCGCCAUCUUCUGCAGGUCAGCCCGAGGAAAGUCCCGUUAAUCAGGACAAAGUGCAACAAGUUGAUGAGCUGGAUAUGGGUAUGCUCGGUUACAAUCCGACAGCAUCGCAUCUAAGCCCAGGACGAGAGCGACCGCCGCUCACAUCGUCGGAUAUCGAUCUUGAUUUUGGCCUUCUAAGGUUACCGUCAUCGGCACAGAGUGGAAGGAGUCGCGGAAAUCCUUCUAGUCUAGGUUCCGUGGAUGAAUACUCAUCGUCACCGCCAGCACGGCCGUCAAAUCCGACUCCCCGUCGCGGUCGAAACGGUCCUUUCAGUAGCGACGAUACGCCUUCGCCACAACGCCUGGGCCCCAUAGACCUUUCUAGUGAAGAUAUUCCUUCUGGUGAAGAUGAAACGCCCAUUCUCCGUCCAUCUAAUCCUACACCUCGCCGUGCCCAAGGUUCUAUAGAUGUACAAGUCGACACGCCACGGCCGAAGACUGCACGCAGGAAUAGAGGUGAUAUGGAUGAAGAUAUUCAUGACCUUUACACUUCUCUUGCCUCUAGAGACGGCACCUCACCAGUGCAAGAAUCACCUCGACCGCGCAUCACCGGCAACGACAUUCGUGAGCGUCGCGAGAAGGCACGCGUUUCAGAUGCCCAGAAAAGAGCCGUAAAGCCGCGCAAUACCGUUUCGUUACGCCAGCCGCCCAGUGCGAUGGCUGCGACGACCCAAGGUGAAGUUCCAGGGCAACAUCUUUCCCCCAUACGAGAGGGCAUAUCUCCACAUGUGAGCCCUGCGGUAGACGCCAAACAAUAUCGCGUUGCGGAGACACGCAAGCUUAACAAACAGCUGGAGGGUGAGAGGGAGGAGCGCCGUCUGUUUAAGAAGCGUAUACCGCCGAUGGGCGAACAAGCGCGUGAGAAUGAAGAAAAGGAACUCGCCGAAGGAGUGGAGGCGGGAGGACAAGAAGCACCUCCUGAGCCCAGCCGAAGUGAGAUACCAUCCAGAUUCACAUCGAUCGACCUGGAAGUUGAAGAAGAUGAAGAUAGGGUGCACUUCGAAGACGCCACGAAAUAUUCCCCGUCAGCAGGACCUAUUGCAGCCGCCUCACCAGCUGUCCGCCACGACAACCCAUCACCGGCUGCUGCGGCGCAAUCCUCUUCGCUGAGAUCAAGGCCAUCACCUCAGGCAACGACCAAAGGCCAAUCGCGAAGGUCGGCGGCUCCAAGCCCACCCGAGAGCACUGAGAAGACGCCUACAAAGACACCUACAGCGAAGGCGCCGGCUAAGACACCUGCGAAGCAAAAGGCCCUACCGACAACCGGGACGCGGAAGAGCGCGAGGGUUGCCAAAAGAACGCAAGGUGAGAAGAAAUAA